CGUCACCACCUUUCUACUUCUCUUAGCCAUGGCUACCACCACCUUUUGCUCUCAAGAACUUGCAGAGGUGGUUCAAAUGGCUAGAACCGUGGUUGUGGAAUUUAGGAACUGGGCUGAGGCUUCCUUGGCCCUACACGGAUUGGACCACACAAUAAAUUAUCACGGGAUGUCUCUCAGUGACUGUGUUAAGCUGUAUGAUGACAGCGAGUCUAGGCUCUCGCUCUUAAUGCUCUCUCGUCAAGGCUAUAACCUUGAUGAUGCUCGAACAUGGUUAAGUGGCGUGCUCGCGAAUCGCAGAACUUGUUUGGAGGGGUUAGGGGAGAAGGGUUUUGCGAUUCAAGAUCAUGCAGAUGCUCAAAACCUGACAACUUUGCUUAGUGAAGCUUUGGCAUUGUAUGGGAAGGAUGUUGUCGUAAAUCAGGAUCAACUGCCUAGCCCAAACUUCAACGAAGGUGGGGGACUUUUAACGUCGUGGAAUCCGGCAACAACAAAGGCCGAUUUUAUCGUGGCGAAUGAUGGCUCUGGUACCCACAAAACAAUCAAUGAGGCAGUGGCUGCAGUUGCUAGGAUGGGUAAUAGGCGCCCCCAGAGAGUAAUAAUCUAUGUGAAGGCAGGAGUGUACAAUGAGAAAGUGGACAUAGAAAGGAAUGUGAAGAAUAUAAUGAUGGUUGGUGAUGGCAUGGAUAGAAAUGUAACUGGAAAUCGAAAUGUCCCAGAUGGUGCUACCACCUUCGGCUCUGCAACAUUUGGCGUGUCAGGUGAUGGGUUUUGGGCAAGGGACAAGACUUUUGAGAACACAGCCGGUCCAAAUAAACAUCAAGCAGUGGCAUUAAGGGUAAGCUCAGACCACUCUGUGUUCUAUCGUCGCAGCGUCAAGGGUUACCAAGACACUCUCCUUGUGCAAUCCCUAAGGCAAUUUUAUCGCGAUUGCCAUAUAUAUGGCAUAAUUGAUUUCAUCUUUGGUGAUGCCCCAGUAGUCUUACAAAACUGUGACAUAUUUGUGAAGAGACCAAUUAACCAUCAAGCCAACAUUAUAACUGCUCAAGGUAGAGAAGAUCCUAAUGAAAAUACAGGAAUUUCAAUUCAAGGAUCGCGCGUAAGGCCAGCAUCUGGUUUCGGUUCUGUCAAACAUUUGUUCAAGACUUAUUUGGGUAGACCAUGGAAAAGGUAUUCCAGGACAGUAUUUAUGAAGACAGAUAUUGAUGGCUUAAUCGAUCCCAAAGGAUGGACAAAAUGGAGCGGCAGUUUUGCACUUUCAACACUAUACUUUGCAGAGUACAUGAGUACAGGUGCUGCUUCGACUAGACAUAGAGUGAACUGGCCUGGUUUUCAUGUGUUCAACAGUCCCCGGGAGGCUGGACCUUUCACUGUGAGCAAGCUCAUACAAGGAGAGUCCUGGAUUCCAGAGACUGGUGUGCCUUUCUGGCCUCGAAUCUGAUCAUUGGGUUUGUCAUGAUCUUAUGCUUUAUGUAUAAUAAUGGCUAGAAAGCAAAAACUAGCUAGUGCCUAAAAAUUCUAGCCGAGCAUUAUGGAUUGAACACAAAUAGUUUGAUUUCUCUCAAACGAUUCCUGUUCUUUAUGAAGCGCAAGUUUCUCCUUUGUAAUGAUACGACGUUUUAACUUUUCGUGUCUAUGUAGCACAAAUUUGAAGUUUGUUCUUUGUAGUAAAACAAACU